AGCUGUGCUUUGGCACUGAUUGAUAUAUAACCCAGCUGGUGACGGCUCAGGAAAGCAGUCAGAGUUGGUUUCUUGUCGGGGGUGUGCUGGGGCUGAUUCUGUAGUUUUUUUUGUUUGGCUGCGCUCAGACUGCAACAUGCAGAUGCUUGACAACAUUUUGUUAUGGAGCUUGAUGGCUGCAGUAAUCCUCUUGGGUCAAGCAAGGCCAAAUAUGAAGCCUAAUUUGCAGUCAAGCAGUGGUUUAAGGUCAGACUGUGUUGGUAAUCUCAUGAGGCUGUCGUUGGACAAGGCUCUAGCAGUGGGAAACCAGCUGGAGGUGGAGGCUGUCAAUGGCACGCAGCAUGUUGUGUUAACACCCAGCCUGGCUGCUCAGUGUGGAUACAGCAUGGAGUCUGACCCGUGGGGCAACACCAGGAUCUACACGUCUCUGAUGGGCUGCUAUGUGGACAACAAAGAAGAUGCAACAUUUAACGUUGGCUUGAAACUCCGACUGUACGGCCACAGUCCAUCAGACGUGGUCAGUCACGAUGUGACGCAGACGUGCAGCUACGCUCGGUGGGCCUCCAGAGAGAUUCUCUGCGACAGGAACUACAUGGAAGUGUCGCAUCACAUGGCUACACCUGAUGCUGAAGCGAAGGGACAGACGGAGAACUCCGUUCCUGACGCGUCUGGUGGAGCUCACAGUAUCUGGAAGAUGACCUUUUACACCCCAGAACCAGUCGUCAUGGUGCUGAGGGAGGCCGAGCAAGCCGGCUACGGCGCCAUGACGACCUCGAGCCGUCUGGUUGUGCGAAGCCCGUACAACACAGCAGAGACUUAUUCAGAGGAUGUGGGUGGCGUCCCCAUGGAGGUGUUCAGGGUGAGCGCUUACUACAAGGCCCCACACGGUCUGACUGUGGUCAACUUGGCGGCUGCUUGUCCCACAGGUGGCGUCCUCUUCACCAGCGACGUGAUCUCUUGGUACGUACCUCGCCGCGUGACCCCGCUGGUCGACGGCAGCUUUAAAAUCCUAGAAAUGCACAUGGGCAUCAACGGGCGGAGGCUGGACGGGUCUCAGAUGGCCGCGCGGGGGUACAGGCUGUCCACCACGGACUUCCACAUCGUCACGGAGAUCCCAGUGGGCUCGCCCGAUGGUUACUACAAGAGCCAUGCCCCAGAUUACCAGUACCACUUCACCUACGUCGUGGAGCCCAUGCUGGAGGUGCUGUGGAGGGUCGAUGACACGCAGGAUGAGACCAGAUACAAGGUUCUGUUCCCCAUCACCACGCCGCUAAUGCCUCGACCUCCACACGUCCAAGACAAUAGCAUCCCAGAGGCCCGGGUGUUCAGCGUUCUCGUGGGUUCCUUCCUUCAGGAUGUGGAGCUGAGGAACAUCACCUUCCCCACCGGUGUUCUCACUGUGGAGGAGAGCAAAGCCAGAGGCUUCACCAUCCAGGAGCACGGCUUCUCCAACGGAACCAAGAGCUUCUCUCUACAAGUGCCCUUCGAUGACGACGUCGUCCUCAAACAUAAUCCUGAACGUUUGGUUACGACCUACUUCCUCCCUGUGGUCUUUGGGUUCGUCAUCCUGCCUGAAGAGACUCCGUUCGCCCACCCAGCGGAGCUGCAGGCGUCUCUGCAGGAUGUCGUGCUGCCCACCGUCACUGGCACCUGCGACCAGAACCAGUUUUACAUCAGCGUGACCUUCGGGAGUCAAGGCCGCAACUUCCAGACCUUCGUUGGACCUCAAGAGCUGACGCCCGAGAUGGCCGAGGAGUACCAUGUCCAGGAAAACGGCACACACUUCAGCCUCGUAAUGUCGCACGCCACCAAAGACGCAGCGUUCGAGCUGAUCACGGCUGAUUCGAUCCGAGCCCGAGUUGACCUGCUUCUGUUGGAUCCCAACAACAACUGGGUGCUGGCUGAUCUCUACCUCGCCUGCAACUUCCCCUUAGCAACCACCAAGUGCUACCCCAAUGGAACGAUGAGCGCUGUGGCUGUGAAGGUGGAGUCGCUGGUCAACCUCAUCCCCAGCAGGCUGACUCUAAGGGACCAGACCUGCAAACCGACGUUCAGCGACGACCGCUUCGCUUAUUUCUCCUUCAGCGUUGACUCCUGUGGGACCACCAGAACAUUCUUUGAGCACUACAUGCUGUAUGAAAAUGAGAUUCGCCUGUAUUACAACAACGACUACAGCGACAACAAAGGAGUCGCUUACACGUCACCGAUUGAUCCUGAGUACAGGCAAACGGUUUCCUGCUUCUAUGUGGUCAAUGAGACUCAGACUGUUGCGUUCAGCUCUAAACAAAGACGCUAUGACCCGUCAGCAGAGAUCGGUUCAGGGCAGCUGAUGGUGCAGAUGAGGCUCGCCCACGAUUCAGUCUACGAUCUCUUCUACCAAGCAGAAGAUUAUCCCGUAGUGAAAUAUCUUCGGCAGCCUCUGUAUUUUGAGGUGGAGCUGAUGGAGUCUACUGACCCACAGUUGGAGCUCAUCGUGGAGAACUGUUGGGCCACGCUUCAUGAAGACCGGACGUCUCUGCCCAGCUGGGACAUCAUUGUGGACAGCUGUGAGAAUCGUGACGACCGCUACGUGACGAUGUUCCAUCCUGUCGUGAGCGACGCCAGAGUUUUAGUCCCGUCUCACGUCAAACGCUUCUCCAUGAAGAUGUUCACCUUCACUAAAGAGGAUGAGGUUCUGAAAGACGAGAUUUACGUCCACUGUGACGCAGUGAUUUGUGACACAAACAGCCAAGCGGACGGUUCCUGCAGAGGUCAGUGUGUGCAACCUGCAGACCUGAGUAACUCCAGACAUCAAGGGAUAAAAGGAGUAAAACGGGAGCGAAGAAGUCCAGACUCCACCCUCCAGAGGCGGAUCUCCACGGGGCCUAUUCUUCUAUUAACAGCUGAUCAAACCUCCAAUAAACACAUUUCUUAGAA